AUGCCCCAGCCCAAGAAAACCAGUGCUCAAAGAGUGUAUCACACACAAAACGAACAAGCUGGAUACAAGAAACAUCUAAAUCCUAAGUCAAUGCACCAGAACGCCCACCAUACUGAAAUGGUAUCUACCAACGCCAUAGUUAAGCCACAUGGGGUGCGACAAGUAGCUUGGGAGAAGAAGGUUAAACAAGACCUGAAUCCAACAGCCAUGUGUGGAUGGCAAGCAAAUGAUCAAGAUAAGUGUUCUGCCCCAAAAACAUCAAAUGAACUAACUUGUUAUCGGUGCAAGGUACAAAAACACAUUGCAAAGGCCUAUCCCACGAGAGACGGUUCAACAAAAAUAGAAUCUGAGCAUACCCAUUGCCAUAAUCCACAAGUAAGUGAAGUUCAAAACCUUGUUGAAGACGUGGAUAAUAUCAAAGUAAGCCCUAUUCCAAAACAUGCUGGUACAUGUGCCUUAGAAGAUUUCAAAGACCGAGUAGGAUCAAAAUUUAGACAAAGCAUGCUCUUAGAUCAAAUUCAAAACCAAGCCGUUCUUGACACCGCUCUGCUCAAACCCACAAUAGAGAAAGAUGAUAGUGUCAUUGACACCUUGCUAACCAAAGAUGAGCCAACAGAAUCAUCUCAACGAACCAAGGUUCAAGGAAAACAUAAUGGAGAAACAAAUAGUGAAGUACGAGAUUUCACUAGAGGUUGUGCAAUUCUAUUCCAGAAACAAGAACAUCGAGUUACAUGUUCCCUUUUGAUAAAGGAUAAACCACCCGACUUAUCCCGACAAUCACCAGCAGUUCAAACUCAAGGGAAAAAUGUUAGAGGAUGUGGUAAGCUAGUUAAACCUGAUCUUGAAACUUCAAAUACUAGUAUCAUGCACUUGUCUUUGUCAAAAGAAGUUAAGACAUGCCUAGGAGCCACUAAGGAGCACAUGGUCAAAGUCAGAGAGUUUACAACAGAACCAAAGCAAACUCUAAUGACCCUUCACUUUGUGUUGCCUACGAAAGAAAAAGUGGAACAAACCAAAGAUCUUAUCAAGAGACUAUGA